AUGGCCGACUUCUUUCGAAAGGUGGUGAAGCGCGUCGAGCUGCCUCGCGAGGACGAUACUGUGACCCAUGAACAGUUGUAUUUGGCGAACAAGGAUCUGCUGCCAGUGCCUGUCGAAAAUAGAAUCUGGGGGAAAUGGACAUAUCUCUUCUUCUGGUUCGCAGAAGGCAGUAGUAUCACUUCCCUGACUGCUGUUGGCACUGCCGUCAAGAAUGGAUUGGUACUAGCUUGGCUUGCCUGCAUCCUCAGUCAUCUCAUCCUUGUCGGAUUUAUGGUGUGCACUGGGCGAUUAGGAGCUUCCUAUCACGUGCCCUUCCCCGUCGUGGCUCGUGCGAGUUUUGGAACAUGGGGUAGCUACUGGCCCCUCAUAUCCAGAAACAUCAUGACAGUUAUCUGGUCCGGUGUGCAGGGUGUGUCUACAGGAAACUGUAUCUACCUGCUUCUACACGCCUUGACCCCAAAAAUCGCGAAGGUCCAUAACCCUUUUUCCAAGGAUGUUACGAUGACCGGUGGUCGCUUGAUCGGCUUUUCAAUAGGCUGGUUUAUUACACUUAUGUGUUGUUUCGUCCCCCCUCACAAGUUCUCUAGACUUGUAGCCCCAAAAAGUAUCAUUAUGAGUAUCUUCAUCUUAGUCUUUUUCGCUUGGACCAUUGCUAAAGGAGGUGGAAUCGGCAACACAAUAUAUCGCUCCACUGUUAUUCCUAAGGGUAUGAGCCAUGGCUGGCUCUUCUGGUCUCAGACCAUGGUCCAAACCGCAUCAAAUAUGACAUUCGCAGCAAACAACUCGGAUUUAACCCGGUAUGCACGCAGACCUAAUGACGCCUUAUGGAUGCAAGUCAUCGGGUACCCCAUCGGUACUGGCAUCGUUGCCUUCUUCGGUGUUUUUAUCAUCUCAGCAUCCCAAGCUAUAUAUGGCAAAGUUCAAUGGGACCCAAUUGCGAUCCUUGAUGGUUUCCUGCUUAUGGACUAUAGCCCAGCAACACGUGCCGGUGUUUUCUUUGUGGCUCUUGGUUUCUCCUUCUCUCAAGUUACAACUAUGAUCUUCGCCAACUUGAUUAGUGCGGGUAACGAUACUUCUGCCCUUGUUCCUAAAUAUAUCAGCGUUAGACGAGGUGCUAUUAUUGCUAUGAUUCUCUCAUUUGCGAUUACACCAUGGAAUCUAUCCAAGACUAGCUUUGCUUUCACCAACUACCUUGGCAGCUACGACGUGUUCCUCGCGGGUUUCGUCGGCGUAAUAAUCGUCGACUACUUCUGGGUACGCCGCGGAUUCCUCGACAUCCACCAACUCUUCUCCGGCAAAGCCGACGGCCUAUACUACUACACCCACGGAUUCAACUGGCGUGCAUUCGCAGCCUACUUCCUAGGCAUGGUUCCCUUUCUCCCCGGUUUCGCUGCCGUCUGCGGCGCCAAGCACAUCCCGGACGCUGCCAAGAAAAUCUUCGCGCAGUCUGCCAUCUUCUGCAUCCUGCUGAGCGGUGGCUUGUAUGCGCUUUUCUGCUGGAUAUCGCCACCGGCUGGCGGUAUGCAGAAAGUGUGGAAUGAGGUUGAGCCUGGGAAUGAUUUCAUCCCGAGGGUUGAUUAUGUGGAUGGAGAGGAGGGUAUUUAUGAUGAGGAGAAAGAUACUGCGGUGGUUGAGAGUAAAUCUGCAAACUAG